AUGGAGGAGACUCCCCUUCCUGCGUCUGAAGAUAUUCAGCAAGUGAAGGCGGUUCUCGCAAAGUAUGUUGCGAAGAAUAAAUCUCUUUCAAAAGAAAAUGAUAUACUAAAACGCACUCAGGCAGAGUAUCAAGCACAAAUUCAGAAAUGUUCUGAUGCAUUAAUCGAAGAAAGAGAAACCACUGCAACUCUUACUAAUGAGUUAGCAGAAUGCGAUAAAAAGAUCGAGGAAAAAGAAAAGCUUAUUGAAGAUCUUGCAAAAGAAAUCGAAAACAUGAAAAACACUACAAGUACAGCAUCGCAAAAUGAUUCUGGACUAGAAGAAGUCGUUCAAGAAUUUGAGCAGAAAAUCGAAACUCUUGAAUCUGAAAAUAAAACUAUGAAAGAUCAGAAUUCAGAGCUUCAACAACAAAUUCAACAAUAUAAGGAGUUAACUGAUAAGCUUUCUACUGAAUCUACAGAGUUACAACAAAAAAUGGAGAAUAUUAAGUCCGAAGAUAAAUCGGCCGAAGAAACUCUUCUCCAAACAAUUUCCGAUCAAGAUAUUCAGAUCAACAAAUUAAAAGAAGAGCUUGAACAAGCCAAAUUAGCCGCAAAUUCCUCAGAACAAAAUACAAAUGCUUUUGCUCAAAAAGAACAAGAGUUAAACGCCCAAAUUACAGACUUAAAGAAUCAAUUAGCUGCUAAAGAUUCAUUAUCUGAUGAAAUUGCUUCAUUAAAAGCUCAAAUUGCCGAACUCAACCAAAAUAAUUCGAAAUCAUCCGAAGAAAACGAACAAUUGAAAGCAGAAAGUCAAAAAGAUGCCAGUUCAGACGAUAAAAACUCUGAUCUUUCAAGAUUAAAGAAAGCAGUCGUUCAAUUAAAGAAACAAAUUGCUCAGAAAGACCAAGAGAUCAACGAUCUUAAGACAAGCAACAUGCAAUUACAAAAUUUCAACAAUGAAACUCAAAACGUCGAAAUUGAAAAAUACAAAUCUCAAAUUAUCGAAUUCCAGAAGAUUAUUGAAAGUUUGAAAGCAGAAAAUGCCAAACUUCAAACAGAGAAUACAAAUACUGUUGAUAAACUUCAAUCUGAGAUCGAAAAAUUAAAACAAGAAAAUUCUGAGCUCCAAAACCAAAUUCAAGAAAAUGAAGAUGGAUGGAAUGACAACAACAAUGAAGAAGAGCUUCAAAAUCAGAUUACUGAGCUUCAAAAGCAAUUAGAAGAAAAUAAGAAAUCUUAUUCUGAAGAAACCGAACAAUUGAAGCAAAUCAUUGAUGAUGAUAGCAAACAAAUUGAAGACCUCAAGCAAAAACUUGCUGAAGCUCAAGAUCAUGAAGGAAAUUCAGAUUCUCAACUUGCAAAACUCCAAACUGAGAAGCAACAGCUGGACAAGAAGCUUGUUGAUGUUGCUAAUGCCCUUAGAAAGCUCAAAACCAAGAAUGACAACGACCAAGCAACGAUUUCUAAGCUUAAUGAAGAAAAUUCUUCAUUGCAGAAGCAGAUAGAGGAACUUAAGCAACAAACUGCAAAUAAUGCAAGCUAUGAAGCAGAGAUCCAAAAUCUCAAGAAACAACUCCAAGAUUUGCAAAUCCAAAAUGACGAUAUUAAAACAGAGAAUGAACAUUUGCAGCAGGAAAUGUUCGAAAACAACAAGAGUGAAGAAAUUGAACAACAGAAGAAACAAAUUUCGGAACUUCAAAAAGAGAUAUCUUCGAAAUCAUCCGAAAUUCAGGCCAAGAAUGAUGAAAUAGAGAAUUUGAACAAGGAAAUUGAACAGAUUAAGAAAGAAAACCAAGAAUUAAAUGAAGAAUUAUUCCAGAACAACGAAAACAACUCCAACGAUGAAGAAAUCGAGAAGUUGAAGACUCAAAUUCAAUCUUUACAGAAGGAAAUCUCUGAUUUGUCACAACAAAAUAAUAAUUAUAAGUCACAAGUUGAAGAAUUGAAAGAAGAACUUGAGAAACAUCAAUCCGAGCAAGAUGAGAACGGAUGGGGGGAAGAAAACGAAUCAGAAGAACUUAAAUCAGAGAAUGAAAAUCUUAAGAAACAAAUUGAAGAACUUAAAGAACAAUUGAAUCAAAAAGAAGACCAAGGUCAAGAAGAAAAUGGAUGGUGUAAUGAAAAUGAAACAGAAGAUCUUAAAUCAGAAAUCGAACAAUUGAAGAAAGAAAACGAAACACUUAAACAAAACAACGAAACAGAAUCUCUCAAGAAACAAAUUGAAGAAUUGAAAGAACAGUUGAAGCAAAAGGAAGAUCAAGGUCAAGAAGAAAAUGGAUGGGGAGAAGAAAAUGAAACAGAAGAUUAUAAGUCACAAAUUUCAGCAUUAGAGAAUGAGAAACGAACAUUGAACAAGAAGAUCAAAGAUCUUGCCAAUGGUCUUAAAACACUCAAGAGCAAGAACGAGAAACUCGAACAACAACUGAAAGAGAACGCAAAUAAUGGAAAUAAUGAUAAUUCCAAAGAUAUUUCCGUUGAAUUUAAUGAAACAGAAGAAAAGAUUACAGAGUUAGAGUUCGAAAACGAAGAACUUCGUCGUAACAACGAAAGUCUUAGUGAAGAAAAGAAGACUCUUCAUAAACAAAACAACAAACUUGUUUCGGAAAACAAAACACUUUCCGACGAAGUUUCAACAUUGCGUGAACAAGUUGAAGAACUCGAAGAAGAAACAAUUUCUACAAGUAACGAACUUCGCUCAGAAAUUGAACAUCUUCGCUCUGAACUUGUUGUUCGUGAACAAGAACUUGAACAAACUAAGAAUAAUAAUAAUAAUGUUAAUAAUAAUGAAAAUAAUAAUUCUAAUGUUCAUUCUGACCAAUCUAUUUAUGAAGAAAAGAUUUCAUUAUUGAAACAACAACUUGAAGAACUUAAACAGAGUCAAAGCAGUAACAAUAACAAUGAAGAACUUGAGAAAGAAAACAUUUCACUCAAGAAAGAAAUAGAAGAUUUGAAACAAGAAAACGAAGGAUUACAAAAUCAACUGUUUGAAGGUGGCGAAACUAACGAAAACAACAACCAAGAAAAAGAAGACGAAAUUCAUAAACUCAAAUCCGAAAUUGAAGAAUUAAAGAAGAAACUUGAAUCAAGUGAACAAAAUAAAGAAGAAGAAAACAAUGGCUGGGGUGACGAAAACACAGAAACAGAAAACAUUGAUAAUCUUAAAUCAGAAAUUGAAGAAUUAAAUAAGAAACUGGAUGAAUCAAUUAAAUCAAAUGAUGAGAAACAGAAGAAGAUUGAAGAAAUGAAGCAAGAAAAUGAAGAGUUACAAACACAAUUGUUUGAAAAUAACUCUGAAGAAGAAAUCAAUAAAUUCAAAUCACAAGUUGAAGAAUUAACACAAAAACUACAAGAAUCAAAUCAAAAGAAUGAAGAACUUCAAUCACAAACAGAGAAACAAAACAAUGAAAUUGAUGAUUUGAAGAAACAAAAAGAAGAAGAAAACGAAAAACUUCAAAAAGAAAUUUCAGAUUUGAAGAAUGAAAUUUCUCAGUUGCAACAAAAAGAAGAAGAAAAUGGAAGUGAUUUGCAGAAACAAAUAGAAGUAUUGAAACAAACAAAUGAAAAGAAUGAUGAAGACAUCGAACAAUUGGCCAAACAAAUUGACGAACUUCAAACAGAGAAAGAGAAACAAAACGAAGAAAUAAAUGAUCUCAAAUCUCAACUUCAAAAUGUUUCAGAAAUCAAAUCAGAAAAUGAGAAACAAAAGAAUGAAAUUGAUGAUUUGAAGAAAGAAAACGAAGAACUACAAACACAACUAUUUGAAAUUGGAAACAACCAAGAAAAAGAAGAAGAAAUUCAUAAACUCAAAUCAGAAAUUGAAGAAUUAAAGAAGAAACUUGAAGAAUCCGAACAAAAUAAAGAAGAAGAAAACAUUGAUAAUCUUAAAUCAGAAAAUGAAACACUAAAGGAAGAAAUCAAACGAUUGGAAUCCGAUAAUGAACAAUUGAAGAAACAAAAUUCUGAAUUACAACAAGAAAAUAAAUCACUCCAUCAACAGCAAUCGAAGGAAGAAGAAGAAAAUGGAUGGGGUGAAGAAAACGAAUCAGAAGAACUUAAAUCAGAAAAUGAAUCUCUCAAGAAACAAAUAGAAGAAUUGAAAGAACAGUUGAAGCAAAAGGAAGAUCAAGGUCAAGAAGAAAAUGGAUGGGGCGAUGAAAAUGAAACAGAAGAUUAUAAGUCACAAAUUUCAGCAUUAGAGAAUGAGAAACGAACAUUGAACAAGAAGAUCAAAGAUCUUGCCAAUGGUCUUAAAACACUCAAGAGCAAGAACGAGAAACUCGAACAACAACUGAAAGAUAUCAAUUCUAAUAAUUCUACAAAUGAUAAUUCCAAAGAUAUUUCCGUUGAAUUUAAUGAAACAGAAGAAAAGAUUACAGAGUUAGAGUUCGAAAACGAAGAACUUCGUCGCAACAACGAAAGUCUUAGUGAAGAAAAGAAGACUCUUCAGAAACAAAACAACAAACUUGUUUCGGAAAACAAAACACUUUCCGACGAAGUUUCAACAUUGCGUGAACAAGUUGAAGAACUCGAAGAAGAAACAAUUUCUACAAGUAACGAACUUCGCUCAGAAAUUGAACAUCUUCGCUCUGAACUUGUUCUUCGUGAACAAGAACUUGAACAAACUAAGAAUAAUAAUAAUAAUGUUAAUAAUAAUGAAAAUAAUAAUUCUAAUGUUCAUUCUGACCAAUCUAUUUAUGAAGAAAAGAUUUCAUUAUUGAAACAACAACUUGAAGAACUUAAACAACAACAACAAAAACCAUUUGAUCAUGAAGACAAUAAUGACUCAGAUGAGAUCAACAAACUUAAGAAAGAAAUAGAAGAUUUGAAACAAGAAAACGAAGAAUUACAAAAUCAACUGUUUGAAGGUGGCGAAACGAACGAAAACAACAACCAAGAAAAAGAAGACGAAAUUCAUAAACUCAAAUCCGAAAUUGAAGAAUUAAAGAAGAAACUUGAAUCAAGUGAACAAAAUAAAGAAGAAGAAAACAAUGGCUGGGGUGACGAAAACACAGAAACAGAAAACAUUGAAAAUCUUAAAUCCGAAAUUGAAGAAUUAAAUAAGAAACUGAAUGAAUUAUCUAAAUCAAAUGAUGAGAAACAGAAGAAGAUUGAAGAAUUAGAGCAAAAACUUCAAGAAUCACAAAACAACAAAGAUGAAGAAGAAGAAAACAUAGAAGACCUCAAGGAACAACUAGAACAGUUGAGAAGAGACGCAAUAACUAAGUCAAAACAAGAUCAAGAAGAAAUUGAAAAUCUCAAGAAACAAAUCGAAGAAAAAGAAGCAGAUAUAGAAGAAAUAACUGAAGAACUUGAGCAGCUCAGGAAAGACUCCAUCACCAAGGCUAAACAAGACCAAGAAGAAAUCGAAAAACUUCAAAAUGAAAUUCAAAAACAAAAAGAAAUCAUUGAUAAUUUGAAUGCAGAAAUCGAUGAAUUAGGUGAGAAAGAAGCAGAACAUGAAGACCUUAAGGACGAACUCCAACAGCUAAGAAAGGAUUCCCUUCAAAAAGCUAAAAUCGACCAAGCUGAAAUUGAUCGAUUAAAUGCUGAGGUAAGUAACCUCAAAUUCGAACUGGAGAACGGCAAAGAGAAUAUCUGGGGCGAUGAUGAUGACAAUGAGAAGCACAAAGAAACAUUGACUGAAAUUAUUGAAAAAUUGAAAUCCGAAAUUGAGGACAAAAACUCAGAAAUCGAGAAACUCGAAGAGGAAAUCAGUCAAUUCGAAGAUCCUACUGAGGUUAAACAGGAAAACAAGAAGCUAAAGGAAGAAUUAGACCAAGCUUUACGUCAGAACGCAGAAUUAGGUAAUGUAAACGAAGAAAACAACAAGCUCAGAGAACAGCUCAAGCAAAGUAUCGAUACAAAUGAGCUCAAGACCCUUGAAAAGAAAUUAAAAGAAAAAGAAGAGGAAAACCAGAAGCUUCAUGACGAUUUGAACACUUUGCAGUUCGAGUUGAACAAUUCUAUCGCAGGAUUACCGAAGAUUAAUCAAUCUGAGUCGAUGGAAAUUAGAGAUGAAGUGGAAAGACUGGCCAAUGAGAACAAGAAACUGUCGGAAUUGACGAAGAAAUUAGAAGAAGAAAAGAAUUUCUUGGUUUCCCAGUUAGAAAAUGUUGUUCAACGAAAUGAUUACGAAAAAGAGCUUCAAAACGUCGAAGAAUUGAAGCUUAAGCUUAAGAAGGCCGAGAAGGAUAAUGAAGAACUCCUUCAACAAAUCGAUGAAUUAGUUGAACAAAAUGAAACUGAAAAUCACGAAAAAAGUGACGCUGAAAGUGAACUUAAGUCUCUGAAGGCUGAAUUGGCCAAAUUAAAGGACAGUGAGAAGGAAUACCAAGUUCUCCGCGAAGAAGUGGAUGAAUUAACGCAAAAGAUCGAAGAAUCCGAAACAAUUAACAAAGAAUUGAAGACUAUCAUUGAUCAGAACGAUACUUCAGCUGCAGAAAACAUGUAUAAGGCUCAGUUCGACGAAUUGAAGGCUUUAGUUUCUGAUCUGAAGUCUCAAAAUGAAGAUUUGAAGAAGGAUUCAGAAAAUUCAAAGCAAGAAAUUACGAAAUUAACAGAAGAAAAGACAGAACUGAAUGCAAACAUCGAGAAAUUAACUCAGGAUAACUCAAAUCUCUCAUCUAAUGUUGAGAAAUUGACAAAUGAAAUUUCUAACCUCAAAUUUCAGCCAACUGCUCAAGAAAAUGUUGUUCCUGCUGAGACUCCAGUUGCUAAUGAAGUCAAACCAAGCGAAGAAGCUGUUUCGACUCCAAAUGAAGAUGAAAAGGCCAAACUUGAGUCAGAGAAGGAAGAACUCGUAAAGAAGAACGAUGAAAUGAUGAAACAAAUUGUUUUGAUGAAGAACGAAAUCGAAAAACAGAAUAAAGAAUUUGCCCAGAUGCAAGAAAGGUUUAUUAAGGCCAACGAAGAGAAUAUGUCACUUAGAAACGUUGCCUCUAAGAACAAAGAGCUUGAAACUCAAUUAGACCAGAAAACUGCAAAUGUAUUGUCUCUUAGGAAGGAUAUUGAUAAUCUUAAGAUAGAAUUCCAAAAGGAUUUGGAUGCCAAGUUGGCCAAAGCAGCCAAAGAGUUCAACGACUUAAGAAAGAAAUUCAGAGUUGUUGAACAGCAAAGAAACCAAUUGGCCGCCCAAAUAGAAUACGACGAGCAACAGAAGCAAACAGCUGAGGCCCAGAAUCAGUCUGAAACGAAGAAACUUCAAAUUGAUACGUUCAGAAUUGAAUAUCUCAGAGCAACCUUACUUCAAUUCUUCAGCCAGGACCAAAAGACACAAGAAAAGAUGGCUCCAAUCAUAUUGGAGUUCAUUGGACUCGAUGAAGACCAAGUUCAGGAUGUAAUGAGGAAAUGGAAGGAGAACCACAGAUCGGUCUUAUCUUCUUUCCUCGGUAAUUAA